GCAUCGAACUAACUUGCUAGCUUUCUGCAUAUAAUAGGUGUAGCUCCGUCUGUGUUUUAGUUCCUUCACCGUUGCCUUACUAAUUUCCCGCUCUCUCCUCCACUGAACACAACCGAAGCUUUAAAUUCUGACUUCAUUUCAUUUUAUCAAUCCAAGCCGUCGGAACACUCUAUAUUCCCAACCCAGAAACCCCAUAGCUGAUUUCUUCAAAGAAUCAAGCAUGGCCAUCUUAAUUGGCAGGCUUUGAAUUCUGCUAACUAGUAACUUCACACCCUUUACCCUGUGUGUGGCUUGUCGUGAGUGAUUUUCUGGCAGGCGAUGGAGGAGUACUUGAAGGAGAUAGAAGGCAAAAGAGUGCACGAUUAUGAUGCUCAAAUGGUAAAGACGAUGGUUAAAAGAGUGUGGGUUCGUGGACCAGUUAUAGUGGGUGCUGGUCCAUCUGGCUUAGCAGUAGCAGCUUGUCUUAAACACAAAGGAAUCCCAAGUCUCAUCCUCGAAAGGUCCGAUUGCUUAGCUUCAAUGUGGGAAUUUAAGACCUACGAUCGCCUCUGCCUUCACCUCCCCAAAAAAUUCUGCCAGCUCCCUCUCCUGCCGUUUCCCAGAAACUUCCCUUCCUAUCCCACCAAACAGCAGUUUCUUGCCUACUUGAAUGCCUACGCUCUUCACUUUGGCAUCAAACCAGCCUUCAGCAACACAGUACUCAGCGCAGAAUUUGAUUACAGAUUUGGUUUCUGGAGAGUCAAGACCAAGGGAUUGAAAAAGGAGAUGACAGAAUAUGUCGGUCAAUGGCUCAUAGUGGCCACAGGAGAGAAUGCAGAGGCCGUAGUGCCUCAAAUUGAAGGCAUGGAUGAUUUCUCAGGACCUGUAAUACACAGUAGCUCGUAUAAGAGAGGCAGUGAGUUUUUUGGGAAAAAAGUUCUGGUGGUUGGUUGUGGGAAUUCUGGUAUGGAAGUCUGCUUGGACCUCUGCGAUCAUAAUGCUCGCCCUUCCCUUGUGGUUAGAGACACGGUGCAUAUCCUGCCUCAGCAGAUGUUUGGGAAAUCUACUUUUGGUUUAUCGAUGUGUCUGCUGAAGUGGUUCCCGAUAAGAAUUGUGGAUCGGUUUUUGCUUCUGAUGUCACGUCUCAUGCUUGGGGACACAGCUCAAUACGGACUUAAUCGACCCAAAGCUGGCCCUCUAGAGCUCAAAAACUUAAACGGCAAGACACCAGUUUUGGAUGUUGGCACACUCGCUCAGAUCAAAUGUGGAAAAAUUAAGGUUUGCCGGGGAAUUUCACGACUAGCUGAUCAUGCAGUGGAGUUUGUUGAUGGUAAAGUAGAGAUGUUCGAUGCCAUCAUUCUGGCAACUGGUUACAAAAGUAAUGUACCCUCUUGGUUAAAGGAGAGUGAUAUGUUCAAUGAGAAAGAUGGGCUGCCACGAAAAGCAUUUCCGAAUGGGUGGAAAGGUGAAAACGGACUCUAUUCUGUGGGUUUCACAAAACGUGGCCUCCUCGGUGCUUCCAUUGACGCAAAGCGAAUCGCAGAAGACAUUGAACAUUGCUGGAAAGCAGCUAUCAAGCUCACUUCUCCACUUGCAUUAUCCCAUCACCACAUAGACACGACGACGGAUUAAUGUUCUUCAUUGCAAAAAGAAACAAAGACCAAAAAGAGAAAGAUAAAGGACGCGGCCCUUCUCAUUCGACGUGCCAUUAUUCACACACUCCUCUCAGUUGAGCUCCUCAGCACACUCAAAAAGGAAGAAGGGGAAUAUUGAUAAGACGAAGCCAUAUCGUGCGAUUCGCGAUUCCUAUAUAUCUGAUAUAUCCAUUCACAAACCUAAGGGUUAGGUUUGAGUGUAUGCCAAAUUGAGAGUUUUGAUCCUUGUGUAAUUUUUUCCCAUUUUUAACUUGGUGGGCAUGGGUUGAAAUUAUAAUUACGUGCUUGUUUUGUCAUCGUGAUGUCCUACUACAGAUGUGGAUAUCUUGUACAUUGUCGUUAGCUAGGUAUUUUUUUCUGGGAGAGGGUUAGGAGGUUCAUAGUUAUAUCACGUAGUCUCUUUUAACAUAUAUGGCGUGCUGAGUGUGUAGAAAUUAUGUGACGUGCAUGUUUCCAUCAAA